AUUUAGUGAGUGGCGGCUCGGCACCCCCCUCCCCCGGCGGCUGGGCGGGCUUGCGCCUUUCGCUGCCUCCCGAGCAGCCAGUUUGAACCUGUUGUUACGAACUGUUCGCCUGCGGGCUGCAGCGAGGUAGGAGCUGCUGCUGCUGCUGCAUUGCUGGUCCCGGCGGCGCCUGGAGGCUCGGCACUGCCAGGUAACGUCAUACUGAGGUCUCCACACUCUUGCUAGCAGCUCUAGUCUCUGUGCCUGGGGGUUUGUGUAAGUUGGAUCUGUCUGCAUUAGUUCAGAUGGAUCAUCAUUAAAUACGACACUAUAAGCUGAGUGAAACCAGAAUAAAAAUGACUAAAUACAAACUUGUUCUGUUAAGACAUGGAGAAGGAGCCUGGAACAAAGAGAACCGCUUUUGCAGCUGGGUGGAUCAAAAGCUGAGCAACGAUGGGAUAAAGGAAGCUCAGAGAUGUGGGAAACACCUCAAAACACUAGGUUUUCAGUUUGACCUUGUGUUCACAUCAAUUCUAAGUCGUUCUAUUCAGACUGCUUGGCUGGUGUUAGAAGAGAUGGGGCAAGAAUGGGUUCCCACCCAAAGUUCGUGGCGACUAAACGAACGGCACUAUGGUGCACUGAUAGGUCUCAACAGAGCAGAAAUGGCUCUGAACCAUGGCGAAGAGCAAGUGAAAAUAUGGAGAAGAAGCUAUGAUGUUGCUCCACCUCCCAUAACUGAAUCUCAUCCUUACUACAAAGAAAUCUAUAAUGAUCGCAGAUAUAAAUGCUGUGAUGUGUCGCAGGACAAACUCCCGAAGUCUGAAAGCUUAAAAGAAGUGCUGGAGAGACUUCUUCCCUAUUGGAAUGAAAAGAUAGCACCAGAACUGAAAAGUGGCAAAAUGAUUCUCAUAUCUGCUCAUGGAAACAGCACUAGGGCGCUGCUCAAGCAUCUGGAAGGUAUCUCCGAUGAGGAAAUAGUUAAUGUUACCCUCCCUACUGGCGUGCCUGUGCUCCUUGAGCUCGAUGAGAAUCUGCACCCGCUGGGCCGUCACCAGUUUCUAGGUGAUCAAGAGGCGAUCCAAGCUGCCAUCAAAAAAGUGGAAGAUCAAGGGAAAGCCUUACCUGUUGAGAAGAAAUAAUGCUUCUGGUUGCUACCUGCUGUUCCCCUGUGUGUGUGUGUGUUAAUAAGUAGUGCAUUGAGAGUGUUCAGUUGCACUUUGAGCUUGUUAAUUUUAAAUAUUAAGUAGGUGUGCUACUUCUGUGUUAGGUUAGUAUGCUAACUUUUCACCUGUGCAGACUAGAGUUCAAUUCCAGUGUGUUUUAUAGGUGAAAAGGAGGUGGUUGAUUUCAUUCUAAGCAGCAGUAAGGACAACAUAAAACUGCUAUGGUCUGCCCCAAAUCUUUGUUCCAGAAAGGCCCACACCAGCAAUAUGGUAGGGUGUAUUACAGGUCAGGAUAAAGAAGUAUGGGCAGAGCUCGGUGGGGAAAACUUGCACUGCAAAUGUUACUGAGAGCAGAGUGUUGUGAAGUCCCUCACUUUCUCAAGCACUAAAUGCUCCCAGUUUGCAAAAUGUAAGUAUUAUGUAGUAAAGUUCCAGUUAGGCUGUUCUUCAUGGGAAGACUUUUUAAAAAAGCCUUCCAGUGGCACAGGCAUAUACAUGACAGGCAAUUCUCUAUUUGUCUUCCUGCAGUUUUACUAGCAGUUCAUUUUGAAGCAUAAGGUAUUUUAUGGCAUGACUUUUCCAAAGCUAAUUCUUGCUCCAGGAAAAAGUGCAAUCCGGUAAAAGUAUAGCUGACCGUAUUAGCCACACAGUGGAGUGGGGUGUCCUGGGAAGUCCUCUUCCUCCCCCCCCCCCCCCCCCCCCCCCUGAGCAGUUUUUAGGGCUAGGUGAAGUAUAAUGCGGUGGUCUGGGAUGAGUGGACACCCAGGCUCAACUUCCUUGCUCUGCCACAGACUUUCCAUGUGGCCUUGAACAAGUCCCUUUGCUUCUCCAUGUAUGUUGACACCACCCACAGCAGCAAGCCUUCUGGGUUAACAGGCUUCUGGGACUCUAAAAAUAACUCUGU